CUAAAUGACUAAAUAUAUCCACCCAAAAAUGAGUAAUUGGAUUUGUCUAUUAGAGAUCUUGGGUUAAAUCAUUUAGGCCCAAAUGUAUGAUCCGGUUAAUGAAAAUGCUACGAUGCCAGCGCCGAAUUGCUACUCAAUCAAUGGUGAUGGAGGUAAUGCGACGGCUGUCGCAACGUAUCCCGUCGAAGCCACUCACCGGUGAAUGUUUCAGGCUCGGCAGAACCACUCCGUUUCUUCACACUAGAACCCUAAUUGCCCAAUCCCAAAAUAAAACUAUUUCCUCCAACCCCGCCAUUAACGCGGACUUCAUCACGGCUAGUAGAGGUUUCAGCUCUCCUUCCACUGUUCAUAAUCCAUCAAGUUGGUUAGGUGGGUUGGUGAAGAAGAAGAAGGUUAUAGAUUUGCCCUGUAUCGUGAAAGCCGGUGACCCGGUUCUUCACCAACCCGCUCGAGAAGUCUCGCCUGAAGAAAUCGGGUCGGAUCGUAUCCAGAAGAUUAUUGAUGAUAUGGUGCAGGUGAUGAGGAGACGACCUGGGGUUGGCCUUGCUGCUCCCCAAAUUGGCAUUCCUUUAAAAAUUAUUGUGUUAGAGGAUCUUAAAGAAUACAUCGCUCAUGCACCAGAGGAAGAGAACAAGGCACAAGACAGACGUCCUUUUGAUCUUUUGGUUAUUUUAAACCCAAUACUUAGAAAGAAGAGCAACAAAUCUGCAUUCUUUUACGAAGGCUGCUUAAGUGUUGAUGGAUAUAGAGCAAUGGUGGAAAGGUUUGUAGAGGUAGAGGUAAGGGGUUUAGGUCGAGAUGGGAAGCCCAUGAAGGUGGAUGCAUGUGGAUGGAAGGCUCGUAUUUUACAACAUGAGUGUGAUCAUUUAGAGGGAACUUUGUAUGUCGACAAAAUGGUGAAAAGAACAUUUAGGACAAUUGAGAACUUGGACUUGCCUCUUGCUAAUGGAUGCCCUAAAUUGGGUGUUCGAUAGCAUUUUGUGGUUGUGCUUUCAAGAUGUUGUAGUAGAUUUAUGUUUUUUUUUUCAAAUGAGACUUUUGAAUAUACUUGCAUCGUAGGAGUUUUAAUCUGAUGUGGAUUUGGCUCUUUUUGUGGAUUGUAUCUUAUUUAUAUCUAACAUGAUAGUCUUGUGGGGCAAAGAGUAACUUUGAAAUAUCGG